AUGGUGCACCCAGUAACGACUUGCUCCGUUGUUUCAGAGGAAUACGCUUGGAGGAGGGUAAAAAGAGAGGAAUUAGUUGCACACUAUAUCCUUUUGAAUUUGUCGGCGCGUUGGCAUCGGUCCAAGGGCAAGAGCCUCUCGGAGCCGGGUAUGUUGCUAAAAUCACUUCGAUUUGGCGCUAUGGGACUGGCCACAAUGGCAAUGGACACCCGGUUUGCCACAGUUCAGGAUGCAGACAUCCGAAAGUUUGAAUCAAUUUGUGGUCGGGAUCAUGUGAGAACGACGGAAAUCGACGGCUACAAAAUGGACUGGACCAAAGCCUUCAAAGGUGAUCCUGCUUGUGUCCUGCUGCCUGCUAGCUCCGAAGAAGUCUCAGCUAUACUCGCACAUUGUUCGAGGAGAAAAAUAGCGGUUGUGCCGCAGGCCGGGAACACUGGCCUCGUUGGUGGAUCAGUUCCAUUAUAUGACGAAAUUGUCCUUUCUGUGAAACGGAUCAAUAAUCAUUUUGAAUUCGAUGAGAAGACUGGUGUAUUAAGUUGUGAUGCUGGAUUUAUUCUCGAGGAGUUGGACAACAAGUUAGCUUCAUAUGGCUUCAUGAUGCCGCUAGAUCUUGGUGCUAAAGGUUCCUGUAUGAUCGGUGGAAAUGUCGCUACAUGCGCUGGCGGCAUACGACUUUUACGGUACGGCAAUCUUCACGCUCAUCUACUCGGACUUACUGUGGUCUUGCCAGAUGACAGAGGGACAAUCCUAACGGUGGGUUCAACCCAUAAAAAGGAUAAUACUUCACUGCAUACUCCUCAUCUAUUCUUGGGGAGUGAAGGGCGGCUUGGAGUGAUUACACGGAUUGCAAUGAGCGCCGUACCAAAGCCAACCUCGGUGCAGAGCGCAAUGAUAGGGGUGGAAACAUUCGAAUCCUGCUGCGAUGUGUUGCGUAUGGCAAGAUGCCAUCUCUCAGAGAUAUUGUCGUCUUUUGAGUUUAUGGAUCGAGAGAUAAUGACCGUGCUUGACGAGUCAUUGGGACUGAAGCCCGUUUUGAAAACAAAUCCUCGUUUCACGUUACUCGUAGAAACUUCGGGUUCCAAUGAGGCGCAUGACAAGGAAAAGAUGGAACGUUUUCUGGCCCACUGCAUUGAUGAUGGGCUCAUUAGUGAUGGUGUCCAGGCCCUGUCAGCCAGUGAAUCAUCAGCUAUGUGGCGAUUGCGCGAGAGCGCCCCGAUGGCGGUAGCUAGUGAUGGAUUUGUGUUUAAAAACGAUGUCUCACUGCCACUCAAACAUUUUUACCAAUUAACUGAGCAAGUAAGAUUGCGCUGUUCUGAUAUGACUAAGCAUAUUGUCACCUACGGCCACAUGGGAGAUGGAAACAGUCAUUUGAACAUUACUGCCGAGGAAUUCAGCAAAGAGCUGUAUGAUAGGCUCUAUCCAUUUAUCUACGAGUGGGUCAGCGUACAUGGUGGUUCCAUCUCAGCUGAACAUGGUAUCGGUCAACUUAAAUUGCCAUAUUCCGGACUUGGCAAGUCGCUAGCAGAGAGGGAGAUCGUGCGUCGUAUUAAAUCGUUGUUCGACCCGAAUGGCAUUCUGAAUCCAUACAAAUCGUUCUAG